AUGGCAGAAAAGUACCUGAGCCAAAUCUAUUACAAUCCAGAAAGUCCCGCAAGCUUUGGUGGCAUAGAUUCAAUUUACCGUGUCGUAAAAGACGAAGGCAAACAUCAGAUAUCACGGAAUAAAAUACAGCUAUGGCUACAAAAGCAAGACACGUAUACUUUACAUAAAUCUGUAAAAUAUCGUUUCAAAAAGAACCGUGUUAUUGUAGGCGCAAUUGACGAGCAAUGGGAGGCUGAUCUUGUGAUUAUGGACUCGAUAAGCAAAUACAAUAACGGCUUUAAGUACAUUUUAACUGUAAUCGAUGUACUUAGCAAAUAUGCGUGGGCUGAACCGAUAAAAACAAAGACUGGAGAAAAUCUUGUCAAAGCCUUUGAGAAAAUACUGAAAAAAGGUCGAAAGCCUGAAACGUUUCACAGCGACAAAGGGACAGAGUUUAUGAAUCGAAAGUUUCAAGCCUUUUUGAAGAAACAUAACAUCCGGUUUUUCACGACGCAAAACGAGACCAAGGCAUCGAUUGUCGAAAGGUUUAAUCGUACGCUCAAGACGAAAAUGUGGAAAUACUUUACAGCGAAGAAUACGCUCAAGUACGUGGACAUUCUCCAGAAACUGGUCAAAUCUUAUAAUCAUUCGAGACAUCGUAGUAUUGGCAUGAGGCCUGUUGAUGUAAAUGAAGACAACGAGAGCAUUGUGUGGCAAAAACUUUAUGGAGAAGAGCCAGACAAAUCCGUUCGGUUCAAGUUUAACAUUGGCGACCAAGUACGAAUCAGCAAAGCAAGGCGCACAUUUAAGAAAGGAUACCUACCUAAUUGGACCGAGGAA